AUGGCCUCAAACGACCGGAAGCCUGGCGUUUCGUCGCUCACCAAACUCAUGAAUGAGCAGCGCGCUCAGCCUCCUCCAUCUCAAGAGGUCAGGAUAAACAGCACAGAGGUACAUCCUACGGACAGCGAUUUCCACAAGACCAUAACAACCACAAUAUCUUUGGAAGGAGUGUCCCCGGAAACCUCAUACAGGGAAGAUUACAUAGAACCGGUCUCGCAGGUGCAGGUUUCUCCAAAGCCAAUAGUGUCAACUCCUCAACAGCCAUACGCUCUUCGACCAGCCAGCGUACAUUCCAACAGUGGGCUGCCCGGCUCGCUGUCCAGCACAAUCCCCUACUCUGCUCCUGGCGGACACCCGUCACUGUCCACCUCUGUUCACAGCUCCUCGACGUUUCUCGGCUCUCCGGCAGUCAACUUAUCCAAUGGACAGCUGAUUUCCGCUACGCAGAUUUCGUCGCCGGCAAUCUCGUCGCCGAAACAGCUUGAGCCCAGAUUCAUCAUUUCUAAACAGAAGGUUCAGCAGGUACAGGAGGCGCGCGCGGCUGCCGCGGCUGCAAACGGAACUCUCAGCAGUUCCAGAUCAAAUACUUCGCUUGUGAAUUUCUUCUCUAAAUCCAGAAGAAGCACGGCAACCGCGGACCAUUUUUCGUCGUCUCCGCAACAGGAGCAAGUCGGUCAGUCCCCGUCAUCUCAGUCGAGUGCAGAGAGCGUCACCAACGGAACGGCACCCGGAUCGCGGCAUUCCUCAAUGGCAGACUUGCGUAGAUUUUUCCGCAAGUCUGUUUCGUUAGGCAACGGCCAGUCUGCAGUGCCAAGAACCUCUAACUUGAGCGCCGGCCUGAGCGUCCAGCGUCAGGGUUCCAUUUCAUCCAUUCCGCAAAUCACGACGACCACUCCUUCGUCUAGCGUCACAUUUAACGGACAAUUAUUUGCCGGGUCUGACACCGUGCCCUCGUCUCCAUCCCAAGAAUACAGCACUUCGCCUCUGGACUUCAGCAAACGGGUACCUUCGUCUCCAAGCUUAUCGAGCCCAGGAGGAUCUUACUUCAACAUUGUGCAGACUCCAUUGUCUAUCGGUGGAAACACCACGCCGCAGAUACCCUUCAGUAAGCGGUACAGUAAAUUUGGAGAGAACUUGGGAGCCGGAGCAGGUGGACAAGUGAGACUGGUCAAGCGAGUUUCGGACUCUAAAGUUUUUGCAGUGAAAGAGUUCAGAGCCAAGUACCAGCACGAGUCCAGAAGGGAAUACAUCAAGAAAAUCACAAGUGAGUACUGCAUUGGAUCCACGUUAAAGCAUCCAAAUAUUAUUGAGACCAUUGAAAUCUCGUACGAAAAUGACAGAAUCGUUCAGGUCAUGGAAUACUGCGACUACGACUUAUUUGCCAUUGUGAUGUCAAACAAAAUGAGCCCUGAAGAGAUCAACUGCUGUUUCAAACAGAUUUUGAAUGGUAUCCGGUAUAUUCAUUCGAUCGGUUUGGCUCACAGAGACCUCAAGCUGGAUAACUGUGUGGUGUCCAAAGAUGGAAUUGUGAAGCUUAUCGAUUUCGGCUCUGCUGUGGUGUUCCAGUACCCGUUUUCGAGCACUCUUAUCGAGGCCCAGGGAAUCGUUGGCUCGGACCCGUAUCUUGCACCUGAAGUGUGUGUCUUUAACAAGUACGAUCCACGCCCCGUCGAUAUCUGGUCAGCAGCUAUCAUCUACUGUUGCAUGACGCUGAAGAAGUUCCCAUGGAAAGUUCCUAAGCUGUCUGAUCCUAGCUUCAAACUAUUUGCGUCCAGGGAACCGGGAGUCACUUUUGGCAAUCUGCUGAGACGUCUGCCAGACCCUCCCAGCUACGAGGAUCUGGAGAAUAAGCAAGACUACCCUAAAGAAAAGGGGAAACACCAAGAAGAGCUGAACACCGUCGUUCAUACGGACGAGAUGCCUACUCCGCCCCCAUCUGCCUCCAACUCGAAUGAGACACAUGAUAGUGAAGAUCCUCUGAAGCACACAUCCAACCUAAUGGGCGAACAGCGUUUGCUGAAUGCGCUUGCACCAGAAUGCCGUCCAAUGAUUGGAAGAAUGGUGUCGUUGGCGCCCGCUUGCCGUAUAACGAUAGACGAAUGUUUCAACGACCCAUGGUUGCAAUCAGUCCAAAUGUGCACCCUGGUCAACGAUGAGUGUGAACAUAAGCUGAUUCCGUCUACGGACCAUGAACACACUCAAGUGGACCAAAGCAUUGCUCAUAUUGCCAUGCUUGAGAGAAAGAAGAAAGGCAAGAAAUGA